AUUUUGGUGCCUAAGAAAGAAAGGUUAGUGUUACGGAGAAGGUUUUUUCUGUUCUCAUGGCGACUGCGAUGGUGGCGGAACCAAAUCGGAAACUGCCUCGGCCGGGCCGGGGCGGCUUCGAAGGCCAUGGAUUUUCCGAGGAAGAAGCUCGAGUUCGUGCUAUUGCUGAGAUUGUCAACUCCAUGGUCGACCUUUCGCGUAAAGGGCAAAACGUCGAUCUGAACGCUCUCAAAUCCGCCGCCUGCCGGAAGUAUGGCCUUGCACGAGCACCAAAGCUCGUUGAAAUGAUCGCAGCACUUCCGGAAUCGGACCGCGAGACCCUACUACCGAAGCUUCGAGCCAAGCCGGUUCGAACAGCCUCCGGUAUCGCAGUCGUGGCCGUGAUGUCUAAGCCGCAUCGUUGCCCUCAUAUUGCUACGACGGGGAAUAUUUGUGUGUACUGCCCCGGAGGACCUGAUUCAGACUUUGAGUACAGUACUCAAUCUUACACUGGAUAUGAGCCUACAAGCAUGCGUGCAAUUCGUGCAAGAUACAACCCAUAUGUCCAGGCUAGAAGCAGGAUAGAUCAGUUGAAGCGUUUGGGUCACAGUGUUGAUAAGGUUGAGUUCAUCUUAAUGGGUGGGACUUUCAUGUCGCUUCCAGCUGAUUAUCGUGAUUACUUUAUAAGGAAUCUUCAUGAUGCUUUGUCAGGGCAUACCUCUGCCAAUGUUGAAGAGGCAGUUGCCUACUCAGAGCAUGGUGCAGUUAAAUGCAUAGGCAUGACGAUAGAAACGAGGCCUGAUUAUUGUCUUGGUCCUCACUUGAGACAAAUGCUUUCUUAUGGUUGUACACGACUAGAGAUUGGAGUUCAAAGUACAUAUGAGGAUGUGGCUCGAGACACUAAUAGAGGGCAUACUGUAGCUGCCGUGGCUGAUUGCUUUUGCUUGGCAAAGGAUGCUGGUUUCAAGGUUGUAGCACACAUGAUGCCUGACCUUCCAAAUGUUGGGGUUGAGAGAGACAUGGAGAGUUUUCGCGAGUUCUUUGAAAACCCUUCAUUUAGAGCAGAUGGGCUCAAAAUAUAUCCAACACUCGUAAUCCGUGGAACUGGGCUCUAUGAACUGUGGAAAACUGGCAGGUAUAGAAACUAUCCCCCAGAGCAACUUGUUGAUAUUGUGGCAAGAAUCCUGGCUAUGGUACCACCCUGGACCCGAGUUUAUAGAGUACAACGGGAUAUCCCAAUGCCUUUGGUAACUUCUGGCGUAGAGAAAGGAAAUCUUCGAGAGUUAGCUCUAGCUCGGAUGGAUGAUUUGGGCUUAAAAUGCCGUGAUGUUAGGACUCGUGAAGCUGGAAUUCAGGACAUUCACCAUAAGAUUAAACCCGAUGAAGUUGAGCUUGUUCGUCGUGAUUAUAUGGCAAAUGAAGGCUGGGAAACGUUUCUGUCCUAUGAAGAUGUUCGCCAGGACAUUCUUGUUGGUUUGCUUCGGUUGAGAAGAUGUGGUCGUAACACCACUUGUCCCGAACUCCUAGGGAAGUGUUCCAUUGUUCGUGAACUCCAUGUGUAUGGAACUGCUGUUCCAGUUCAUGGACGUGAUACAGAGAAGCUACAACACCAGGGUUAUGGUACGCUUUUGAUGGAGGAAGCAGAGCGGAUAGCUCGUCAUGAGCAUCGAUCAAAGAAGAUUGCUGUUAUAUCAGGCGUUGGGACCCGCCAUUACUAUAGAAAAUUAGGCUAUGAACUUGAAGGGCCUUACAUGGUGAAAAACCUUGAGUGACGAGUUUGAAUUAUAUUAUGAAUCAAUUUUGUUACGAUGGUAUUAUUAGUUAAAUGCUAUGUUGUAUGCUUCAUUUUCCUUUUAUUGUCCACCCUCCAGAAGUGUUCUCCCCUUCAUUUUUGGUUGUAGAUAUUUUCACAAAGUUCUUCUGUUUAGAUUGGCUUUGCAAUAUCAAUAUGGAAACUCAAAAGUGGAGUUUCUCUCUC